UUUUCACCAACCGCCAGCCACAAGCCGAUGACGCCGGAAAAAGCUCAGCAGGAGGUGAACAUCCUUUUGGGUUUCCUCGCCUCCUACGUGCUAAGGGCCUUCACGAGCUCAGCCGAGGCUUGGCUUCGACGCGCCUGCCACAUUUGUGUUUGCGGACGAGGUGCUGGCGAGGGAGCAAUCCUGGCAAGCGAGCGUGGCUUGGGAUGGCGAGAGGCCAAGGUGAGGUUGGACGCCAGCGAUGAGGUCCAACUCAUUUGCUUGGCAGCCGUGAGGCUUCUGUUCUGGCACUGGAUGCAGCCAGUAGCAUAUGCUUUGCUCCUGUACAGCUGGAGCGAUGAUGCUUACUUUGGAAAGAUGUGGAAUUUGCAGGCAGUAUUGGCAGCAGCGGUGCUGUUGAGGGAGGCGCUCUACUUCAGCUGCACCAUUUUAGCUUUGAUACGUUGUCCAAGUUUUUUGCUCAUCGAUAUUGCCGCGACAUGGCGCAGCGGCGCACGGGGUGAGGCAUUUUCAUGCGUUAUGAUGCCAGAGAAGUUUUUAGGUUGGUACAUGCAGGGUGCAGCGCCAACUGCAACUGCCAUCAGGCGCUUUAACAGCUACUGCGGAACCAUCUUGCUUUUGGAUGGCUGCAGUUUUGUAGCGCUUUGGGCUGGCAUUUCAGGCUGGACAACACGACCGCCUGUGCCACUCAUGGUUUGCUAUUCCGUGACGGCUGCAAGUUUUAUGGCCAUUCCUUGUUGGGCUACGGCAAUUCUUUUAGCCCGCUCGGCAGGCAUACUUCCCGGAGAAGGACGCCGCAAUGAUAAUGAUGCCUUGGAUAUUCCCCUGGGACAUAUUCCUCCGGAUUAAAA